GAUUUACUUUCAGAAGCGUCACGUCUUCUUUACCCUCCUCUUCAUCCUCUUCUUCAUCCUCCUGUUUUCUUUUCUUCUCCCUGAAACUCAUAAAUUUGAAUACAUUAAACACAUACAAUCAAUUUACAGAUUAUUGAUAUUUCCAGGCGCCUGAUGCCCAUGUUGAGGACCGGAAUUUCUCUGCGGCUGAAGAGUUAAAGGAAUUCUUUUCCAUGAUGAGACUCGUUUCCAGGCAGAUUGUGGUUUUGAUCCUGGUCUUCUCCUCGUCAGUGGUUGAAGGUCUCCAAACUCCUGCUCAACCCCGACUCAUCAGUUGUCGCUCACCUGAGAAAGAAACGUUCACAUGUUGGUGGGAACCUGGUGAUGAUGGAGAUCUGAACACCACAUACGCUCUGUUCUUCCACCGGGAAGGAUCGAAGACGGUGUCUGAGUGUCCGGAUUAUAAAACAGCCGGCCCGAACUCGUGUUUCUUCAACAGGAGCGACACGAUUCUCUGGGAGUAUUAUUACAUCACCGUGGAGGCCAAAAACCCGGCGGGCACGAGCACUUCAGAGACCACCGUGGUGGACGUGGCCUACAUCGUUCAGCCCAACACUCCUGAGAGUGUGAACGUGGAGGUGUUGGAUGAUGGUGACAUUAAAACUCCGUUCCUGCAUGUGACGUGGGAGAAGCCGCAAUCUGCAGACACUCGCUCGGGCUGGAUCACGCUCAUCUACCAGCUCCGCGUUAAACUGGCCAAAGGAGACACCUGGCAGGAGUACGACGCCGGUAUGCAGAAAAACUACAACCUGUUCAGCCUGCUCUCAGGGAAAGAGUAUAUGGUGCAGGUUCGCUGUAAACCGGAUCAUGGCUUCUGGAGCGAAUGGACCAAUCCCGUUUACGCACAAAUGCCUGAGUACUUGGACAAGGAGCGAUCCGUGUGGAUCCUGGUGGGGGUUAUCUCAGCCUUCGUCCUCCUCAUCCUCACCUGGACCAUAAACCUUAAGCGGAAGAGUUUGAAGCACUGCCUGCUGCCUCCUGUUCCUGGCCCCAAAAUCAAAGGCUUUGAUCAACAGCUGCUCAAAAGCGGGAAAUCAGAGGAAGUGUUUAACGCGCUGGUGAUCCACAGUUUCCCGCCGACGCACUACGAGGAGCUGCUCGUCGAUUAUCUAGAGGUUAAUGACGAUGACGAGAAUCUCGACAUGAUUAUGGACUCCAAAGUUCCUCCAGUCGCAUCAGUGAAGUCCAUGAGCACAUCGUCGGAUGGCGAUUCAGGUCGCGGAAGCUGCGACAGCCGAACCCUGCUGAUAGACAAGAGCACAGAGGGAAGGAAUGUGGGCGGAGCCAGCCAGACAGGAUGGGUAUCCAUGGAACCCUGUUAUCCGAUCAAAAAAGAAGGAAAUCCACAGAUCUGGAAUAACGUCUUCUCAUCACCUUUACAUCCUGAACAUCACUAUUAUCAGCAGGAUCUUUAUUUACAGCAGGCACAAGACUCCAAAUGUACCUAUCACAACGUUCCAGAGAUUUUGUGCAUCUCUUCAUCCGUCCAAAUCUGGAGAACUCCUGAAAAUCGUCUAGGAGAGCAUCUGGAAAAACCCAGAUUAUGCGGACAUUCUCGGUCUGACAGCACGGAUGCAGUGGAGCCCGGGGCCACAGAAUAUCAAACCACGGAAUACGUCGAAGUCCAGACGGUGGACCAGGAGAACGUUCUCCACGUCCAACCAUUUACUGACUACGAGGAGCGAAAUCAGGAGCUCAGAGACUCAUCCUCUGGUGAGAAUUAUAGUAAGGUGCAGGAUGUGAUCUCGGAUAAUCUCCUGCUCCUGCAAAGGAAUCUGAGCAGAGAAUCGCAGCACACCAUGGAUUGCCAAGCGCCAACACUUCAGCAGGAGAACCAUCAAUCGUGUAAAGCCAACGCCAUCCUGUCCUCAUCCUCCAUAAUGGAUCUGGGGAACGGAUACGUUGACUCGACCACGAUGAUCUCCUAGGGUUAGGAUUUCCAAAAUGACAGGGACAAAAGCAAUCCUGGAACAGGAAAUCUAAAUCCAGGUGCCAUCAGUGGUUCUGAACAUUCUCAGAAGGAUCUGAGAAGAUAAUCAGAAUGUGCUUCAGACCCAAAGCUCUUGAAGUGCGUCUUCAGGUUUCUGCCGGGUUUCGAGGAGUUUUCCUCAAGAGACACAGAAUGAAUUCUCAAAUCCAAUGUUCUCUUUCAGAGCAUGCAGAAGGUGACCAUCUAAACAACGUUUGAGCGACUUUGAUUAUUAUAUAUUUUUAUAUAGUUUUAUACUUUAAUCUGUUAGCGGGGUGUUUUCUGAUUUGGGAUUUUUUUGUUCUGUCAGUUAUCAGUUAAUCUUUACCAGUUAUUUGUUGCUGUUAUCAACUCAUAAAUGUACUUUUUUAUUUGAACCUUUUCAUUAAUGUAAAUUUAUUUACACAACAAAUAUGAUACAAUUCUGAUUCUACACUAUAUUGCCAAAAGUUUGUGGACACUGAUUAUAAGAUUGCUAUGUGCUUCUUUUUGAACAUCCCAUUUCACAUUUGGUCUCUAUUUGCUG